UUGCACCAAUAAUGGACGCCAACAAUCAGCCCUGUUUAUCCAUUUCAAACGCCUCCAGAAUCCGCUGAACCUGCCUGCUGUGUUCACACCUGUGCAGAACAGGGCUGGAUGCUGAUUGGCUGUUACCAUGUGGCGCACCUGUGUCAGGAAGCACCUGCAUUUAUCCAAGUUUAUUCUGGGUUUUCUUUUCCUUUAAUUUGUCACCCAGUGUUUACAGCAGAGUGGGAAAAAAAAUCAUCCACCCUCCCCCAUCCGGCUUCACCUGCUCCUCCUACAGGCUAGCCGGGCUAAGCUGUCGCUGUAGUCCGGAGCCGAAGCCCUGCUGGGUCGAAGCCCCGCUCGGAACCUGCCGCUGGAUGAACCUCCACCCGGAAAAGAGGAGAAACCGCCUAUAUGGACGCUUCUUCUCCGCCUGUGACGGCGCCGCGGCCAGCUAGUGAGCAGCCCGCAGCUAGCUGCAGCUAGCGGCUCCGCUGGCUAACCAUCCCGGCUAGCUCGAGGAUUUAACUCGGCUUUUCUCGCCUUCUUUAAGCCCGUUUCCGUGUCAUGCUAUCGGCUGCUUAACCGAGUCAGGCUGGGCAUGCUUAGCGGGGAGCUGCGGGUCCUCCGAGCCUAGCAGCAGCAGGCAGCGGCAGAUAACGCGACCGUGUCCGGGUGGUGCUCCGGGAGGAGGAUGGCAUUUCACGGCGCAGGCCGGCAGACCGUGUGUGGAGACCUAUUUCCGGGCUCUGAGCUGGGCCACAAGUAUUUCUGCGUGAGCUCCUCCUGCGGAGCCCCCUCCACGGGCCUCAGCGCCACACCGUGCCUCACCGGACCCACCGCCCCGGCAGGGACCCCUCGUCACCCCACAGCCCUCGGAGGAAGCACCGGCGGCGGCGCGGCGGUGCCUCAGCCCUACAGCAACCCAGCCAGCGAGGUGCCGAGCCCCGCAGAGAUGGAGCCAGACCGGCCCAUCGGUUAUGGCGCAUUUGGAGUUGUUUGGUCGGUGACCGAUCCUCGGGACGGCCGGAAGGUGGCUUUGAAGAAGAUGCCCAACGUCUUCCAGAACCUGGUCUCCUGCAAGAGGGUCUUCAGAGAGCUGCGGAUGCUGUGCUUCUUCAAACACGACAAUGUUCUGUCGGCUCUGGACAUUCUGCAGCCUCCGCAGAUCGACUGCUUCGAGGAGAUCUACGUGAUAACAGAGCUGAUGCAGAGCGACCUCCACAAAGUGAUCGUGUCUCCUCAGCCGCUCACCACCGACCACAUCAAGGUCUUCCUCUACCAGAUCCUCCGAGGUUUGAAGUACCUGCACUCGGCUGGGAUCCUGCACAGAGACAUCAAACCCGGAAACCUGCUGGUCAACAGCAACUGCCUGCUCAAGAUUUGUGACUUCGGCCUGGCGCGCGUGGAGGAGCCCGACCCGUCACGUCACAUGACGCAGGAGGUGGUGACUCAGUACUACAGGGCGCCGGAGGUGCUGAUGGGCUGCCGGCACUACAGCUCGGCCAUCGACGUGUGGUCGGUGGGCUGCAUCUUCGCCGAGCUGCUGGGGCGACGCAUCCUCUUCCAGGCUCAGAGUCCCAUUCAGCAGCUGGACCUGAUCACCGACCUGCUGGGAACGCCGCCUCUGUCGGCCCUGGCAGCGGCCUGCGAGGGCGCCCGGGCCCACAUCCUGAGGGGGCCGCACAAACCGGUACGUGACUGCGUGGUGUGCUCGUGAGCUGAGCAGCAGCACGCCGCUCUCUGCUCUGGAAGAAGGCCGCGCUGCUUUCUUUUAUUACCCACGUGUGUUCACAGCCGCCGCCCACUCGGUCACCCCGCAGCUCCCGCU